CUCUUUUCUUCAUCCUUCUCUCUUUUCUUAUUUGUUUGAUUUUGUACUUUUUUCUUUUCUUUUCUUGUACACAAACAUUCAGUAACCAAAAAACCAAAACCAAAGCCCUGAAUAUCCCUCAAUUAACAAGCAAAAGAUUCUCACUCUAUCCCUCUCCCACGGUUCAUCUUCAAUUAACAAGCAAUACACAUAGAACAGACAAUAAUCAAUUUUAUACCUUUUUCACUUCAUACAAUCAUACAUAUUCGUCAUGAGCACCCAUACUUCACCCACUGGCACUCCCCCAAGGCUCCAGUCGACUACAUUAGCUAUUCCUACUAAUGGUAGUCAGAAUCCUGGUCCGCCUGCUGCUGCCGUCAAUCCUCCAUCCUCGAUGACCAACAAUAAUGCUAAUGCCCAGCCUCAGCGAAACAACAAUCGAUACAACCCCCCAGUACCUCAAAGGAUGAGCGGUACUUAUUCUAAUAACAACAUCCACCAUGGAAACCUCGCCCCCAACCUCACGGGACGUCGUCUUGGAACUAGCAGUGCUUCAAGUUCGCCUCCAGGAACUCCACCUAAUGGUCUGCGAGAUUACUAUUUGAGUGCAGCUCUUCAUCGAUCACAUAACCGUUACUAUGGACCUGGAGCUUACUCUGGAUCAGCCACCAAUUUGCAACGGCCCAAUCUUUCCAUCCUUGUGCCCCCUCAGAAUAGCAAUAUCUCCAUUCCACAGGCGACCGUUGCACGGCGAUCAUAUUCUGCAGGUCAUCUCAGCACAGAUGAACCUGAGAUCACAGUAACCACUCCUGGUGGUUCCAAAGCGACAGAGGAGCAUGUUAAGACACUGGAAGAUGCCCUCAACAACCUGAUUGAGAAAGAGGGCAGAGCAUCUGUAGAAAACGAUGAUGAGGAAGAAGACGAUGAUGAAACAGAUGGUCCGAUCAUGAUGAAGAGCUCUUCAAAAUCGAAAUCGACUUCAGCUCCCAGCACUGUGUCUAAGGGAAAGAAGGAUGGCGUGCUACUUACACCGAAGGUCCUUGCCAAUCGACUUGAGCCUGAAAGGACUGUUGAAUCAGACCUCACCUUGAGUGAUCCAGGAUUGCCGGAAAAGGAAAAGAAGCAGCUCAAAGACAAGGAUAAAGAAAAGGACAAACGCAAAAGUCACAGAAUCUCUAGAUUUUUUUAUCGUGAGCCAACAGCAACAACAGCUGUUCCAGAGGAGUAUUUUACUUCCCGUCAACCUGCUCCUUCAUCAAUCCAGCCUUCCAAGACAGGUGUUUUGAGCAAUCUUCUCAGGCUGCAAAGCGGUAGUCGUCAACACAAGCACUAUCGAGUAUCCACUCCGCCCAAACAACACAAAGAAAAAAAGAAACGCACGCUAUACUCACGUUCCGCCAAUGCUUCUGUUACCUCACUUGCCCACAAGAAUAUAUUUGGUACAUACCCACCUUUACCUGUAACCGCAAGCGCGAUAGGUCUAGCCAACCUUGGAGCAGUCAACAAUCGUAAUGGCCACAAUAAUAAUAUUUCAGCUAUGAGACGCAGCUCUUCCCAACUGGAAAACGCGAUUGCAGCAGCCUUUGCUCAAGGCCACUCUCCCAUUCACUCUCCCAACGACUCGCCUCGUGAUUCAUUCUCAUACGAUAACACGGCUGUCGGUACAACUAUCCACUCUUUAUCCGAUGAGGAAAAGAUGCGCAUUACCUUCGCUAUGGCAGAUAUCUUGCAGCGUCAGGAUUAUGUCCUUCGGUUAGCGAAGGCCAUGAUUCGAUUUGGAGCGCCGUCACACCGACUCGAGAGUGCCAUUGAUCAUACUGCUAGGACACUGGAGCUUAACUUGCAAUGCAUCUAUAUGCCCAAUUUGAUGAUUAUCGCCUUUACGGAUUUCGAGACUCACACCUCCGAAACACAUCUGCUCAAAACCUCUGCAGGGCUUGAUAUGUACAAAUUUGCGCAGGUUCAUCAGGUUCUUAAGUUGGUGGCUCACUCAUCCAUACCUGUUGAAGAAGCUAUCAUGAAGCUGGAUGCGAUCAAUGCAGAGCCGGAUAUUUGGCCAAGAUGGGCCAAUAUUUUGUCCUACGCUUUGGCGUCCUUUUGCGCGGCAUCGAUGUUUUUCAAAGGAAACUGGAUAGACGCCGGAGUAGCGUUUUUGAUUGGGGGUCUUGUAGGAUUAAUGAGCUGGCUCUCAGAGAAAGUUCCCAGUUACUCUCACAUCUGUGAAGUUACUAUGUCUGUUCUAGUCGCCUUUAUAGCUGAGGCUCUGCAUGAUCAAGUAUGUAGAAGCGCUGUCAAGAUGGCAGGGAUUGUGAUGUUGCUGCCGGGAUAUACCAUCACGUGCUCGAUUCUGGAACUCUGUUCACGUCAAAUGAUUUCCGGAUCUGUGCGUCUGUUCUAUGCCAUCAUCUUCUCAUUACUCCUGGGAUAUGGUCUGACGAUUGGAGGUUCACUCUGGAAUUUGAUCGACCCCAGGAGUGUGCCUGCCGCAGUGACAGGAACAUGUCCCGAGUCUUUGGAUCCCAAAUGGAAUAUAUUGUUUGUUCCAGUAUUUGCACUGUCACUUAACGUUUGGCUGAAGGCUCACCCUCGCCAAUGGAUCUUGGCGACAGUAUUUUCGAUUAUUGGAUACAUGGUCUCAUACUCGACAUCAACAUGGGCCGGAGCAAAGACAGAAGUUUCGUCCGCAUUAGCAGCAUUUUCGAUUGGAUUUAUGGGCAAUGUCUAUCAACGAAUCACCCACCAACUGACAUUCCAAGCAGUCGUUUGUGCAGUCUUCUUCCUGGUUCCCGGAAGCAUGGGUUUGAAGGGCGCCAUGGCCUGGUUCACAGAUGAUAUGGCAGGAGGUGUUAAUUUUGCUCUGCAGAUGGUCAUUACUGCUAUUGCCAUAAGCGUCGGGCUCUUUGCGUCAGCGUUGGUGGUUUAUCCCAUGGGCAAGGCGCGAUCUGCGCAGAUGACGUUUUGAAAAGCCAUACUUGUAGAUUUCCAUAAUAUUCAUAGACCUCAAGCACAAAGCAAGACCAACACUUAUACCCUAUCUCCUACUUUUCACUUUCCACCACCUCAAUAAAUGAUUUAGAGCU